GCACGAUCUGACCGAACCCCUUCCAUGAUCGAUCGCAGUCACCUCCCUCCCUCCCUCCCUCCACUGUACCUGUUUACCAUUUCUGGUCCCCCCCGUUCUCUCCGUGUCUAUCUUCGGGACGCGUUGGGUUUCGCUGCUUCCACUGUUUCCGUCUCAACCACCACCACCUCCUUCCCCUUCUAUUUCUCCCAAUUUGCGCCUUUCCGCUUGGGAAGAAAAGUUUCUAUCUUUGUAGAUAAGCAUCGUAAACCCCCCCCGCCCGCACCCGAAGAUUUUCCCAUUCUUCCGAAGCAUCAAACUUCCCAGAGCCCCGCACGGCUCUUCCGGGAAGGGAGCUCCGGAGCUUCCCCCGUCCCCUUUACAUGGAGCGGGGGCGACAGGGACAGGAACAGGGACAGGGACGUUCUCGCUACCCCGCGAUUGUCCUCUGAUACUUCGCCGGGCGACGAGGAGGGGCGGGACGGUUCCGAUGCCGUCGGAGAUCGAGGAGGGCCACGGGGAUGACGCCGCGGCGUCGUCGUCGUCGUCGUCGGCGGCGGCCGCGGAGGAGGGCGGACUGCCGGAGGUGAACCUGAUGGGCAGGUACGAGAUCGGGCGGCUGCUGGGCCGGGGUGCGUUCGCGAAGGUGUACUACGCGCGGAACGUGAGGACGGGGCAGGGGGUGGCGAUCAAGGCGGUGAGCAAGCAGAAGGUGGUGAAGGGUGGGUUCGAGGCGCACGUCAAGCGGGAGAUCGCCAUCAUGCGCCGGCUGCGCCACCCCAACAUCGUGCGGCUCUUCGAGGUGCUGGCCACGCGGACGAAGAUCUACUUCGUCAUGGAGUUCGCGAAAGGCGGGGAGCUCUUCGCCAAGGUCGCCAAGGGGCGGUUCAGCGAGGACCUCUGCCGCCGCUACUUCCAGCAGCUCGUCUCCGCCGUCGGGUACUGCCACUCCCGCGGCGUCUUCCACCGCGACCUCAAGCCGGAGAACCUCCUGCUCGACGAGAACUGGGCCCUGCGCGUGUCCGAUUUCGGGCUCAGCGCCGUCCGCGACCAGGUCCGCGCCGACGGCCUCCUCCACACCCUCUGCGGCACGCCGACCUACGUCGCGCCGGAGAUCCUCACCAAGCGGGGUUACGACGGCGCCAAGGUCGACGUCUGGUCCUGCGGCGUCAUCCUCUUCGUCCUCAACGCCGGCUACCUCCCCUUCAACGACCACAACCUCAUGGUCAUGUACCGGAAGAUCUACAAGGGCGAGUUCCGGUGCCCCAAGUGGACGUCCCCGGAGCUCCGGCGGUUCCUCUCGCGCCUCCUGGACACGAACCCGGAGACCCGGAUCACCGUCGACGAGAUCCUGAGCGACCCGUGGUUUCGCAAGGGGUACAAGGAGAUCAAGUUCGCCGAGGAAGACGAUUUCGACGCCGAGGAAGACAAUUUCGACGCCGAGGAAGACGAUUUCGACGCCAAGGACAUUUCCGAAGACGGAGACAGCGCGAGCAAGAGCUUGAACGCGUUCGACAUCAUCUCCUUCUCCUCCGGCUUCGACCUCUCCGGCCUGAUCCGCGACUCCGGCGAGCCGGUCCGGUCGGAGCGGUUCGUGUCCGCGGAGGCGCCGGAGAGGGUCCUCGAGAGGGUGGGGGAGGUCGCCGCCGGCGAGGAGGGCGUGACCGCGGCGCGGAGGAAGGGGGACGUGGUGCGGGUCGAGGGGCAGAGCGGCGAGCUCGUAGCGGCGGUGAGGGUCCGCCGGCUGACGGCGGACCUGCUGGUGGUGGAGGUCAGGUGGCGGGAUGAACCUGGCCGGGGCAUUUGGAAAGACAAGCUGAGGCCUCAGCUGGAUGACCUGGUCUACCGACCGGACGAGCCGAUCUCCGGUGGCUCGUGACGCAACGUGACGGACGUGUGACGAACCAGCGACAGGACCACCGUCACUGUGUUCUUUUGAAUUCACGAAAGCGAUAAAUUAUUCUUUUUUUUUUUUGGUCGUAAGCGAUAAAUUUUUCUGUAACGGGUUUUUUGGUAUAUUUGUAUUUUUACCGGAAAUGUCUAUAUUGGCUAGAAAAUUUCCUUGAAAUAAAUGGUGCAUUAUCACUGUC